UUAGACACUUUACGACACUUUCAGAGACUUUACGAGCCGCAGCGUGAGGACACCGACAUGCUAACACACUCAUUGGUGAACCACGGGGCUCCGUCAGCUUCUACAGCUCCCCGCCUUCAGUUAUAAAGGUUUAUUUAACGUUUAUUUAACGUUUCGGUGCCGUUAAAGGUGACGUAGCAGCACGGCGGUUCUGCUUUAACGCGGGAAUCAACACAGAGUGAGUUAGCAUGAGGAGCUAGCCGCAGUCCCUCCGUACAGGUGCGUUAAUAAACUGAUUAUUACAGCCGAUCUGGCGCCAAUUCACCGCCAGUCCGCUCACACAACAUGUCUCACAUCCACCCGCGGGUGUAAACGUGAUGAAGCAGGUUAAAUAACGGCGGAUGAAGGCGGAUUGUACCCGCGGCGGGCGGACACGGAGCGGGACUCACCAUCUUGAAGCAGGUUCCGAGCGAAGAGGAAGCCGCGCCGGGUCUCGCGAGAGUUUGAGCGUGCCGCUGACCGGAAAUCCCGCCCUUUUCGUUUCCGGUGACGACGACGCGGAAGUUGACGUUUUGUAGUUUUUCUCGGACGCUAGCUUAAACUCGCCACCAUGGCGGAGCUAACUGCAGCUGCUGGUUCUGGUUCCGAGGCGAACACAGCUGGAAACCCGACAGACGUCGCCAUGGCGUAUUUACAAGACGAGAAGACUGACGGAGACCUUGCAAACCUCAACCUGGGCGAGCUGGACCUGACCACCGACGAGUUCAUCCUGGAUGAAGUGGACAUUCACAUCCAGGCCAAUCUGGAAGAUGACCUCGUGAAGGAGGCGCUCAAAACGGGCGUUGACCUUCGUCAGUACUCCAAACAGGUGGAGUCAGAGCUGCAGAGGAUCGAACAGGCCUCCAUCAAAGACUACAUCAAGGAGAGUCAGAACAUUGCUCUGCUGCACAACCAGAUCACCGCCUGCGACUCCAUCCUGGAGCGGAUGGAGGGCAUGCUGAGCGGCUUCCAGAGCGACCUGUCCUCCAUCAGCAGUGAGAUCCAGACUCUGCAGCAGCAGUCGGUCAGCAUGAACGUCCGGCUGAAGAACAGGCAGGCGGUGCGCAGCCACCUCAGCCAGCUGGUGGACGAGCUGGUGGUGCCCGGAGCCAUGAUCUCCACCAUCCUAGACAGUCCGGUGACGGAGCAGGAGUUCCUGGAGCAACUCCACGAACUCAACAACAAGAUCAACUUCGCCAAAGAGCUGAGCUUCAGAGAGACGCUGGCCUGCUCCGACAUCCAGGACAUCGUGGACCGCCUCAAACUCAAGGCGGUGUCAAAGAUCCGAGAGUUCAUUCUUCAGAAGAUUUACUCCUUCAGGAAGCCGAUGACCAACUACCAGAUCCCUCAGAACACUCUGCUCAAGUACAGAUUUUUCUAUCAGUUCCUUCUGGCCAAUGAGAGGACGGUUGCCAAGGAGAUCAGAGACGAGUACGUGGACACGAUGAGCAAGAUUUACUACAGUUACUUCAAGUCGUACAGCGGCCGGCUGCUCAAAGUUCAGUACGAGGAGGUCGCAGACAAAGACGACCUGAUGGGAGUCGAAGACACGGCCAAGAAAGGUUUCUUCUCCAAACCGUCCCUGAAGAGCAGGAACACCAUCUUCACUCUGGGCCAGCGCGGCGCCAUCCUGAGUCCUGCCGAGCUCGAGGGUCCGAUCCUGGUUCCACACACGGCUCAGAGAGGAGACAGCAGGUAUCCCUAUGAGACGCUGUUUCGCAGUCAGCACUACGCUCUGCUGGACAACGGCUGCAGAGAGUUCCUCUUCCUGUCCGACUUCUUCAUGGUCACCGGAAACUCUGCGCUCGACCUCUUCAACAGCAUCAUGGGAAAAACUCUCAGCAUGUUCCUGAAGAGCAUGUCCACGUACGUGUCCGACUGCUACGACAGCAUCGCCGUCUUCCUCUGCAUCCACAUCAUCCUCCGCUUCAGAGCCAUCACGGCCAAGAGGAACAUCCCCGCCCUCGACAAGUACUGGGAGGCCGUCCUGGAGCUGCUGUGGCCGAGGUUUGAGCUGAUCCUGGAGAUGAACAUCCACAGCAUCAGACACACAGACCCUCAGAAACUGGGAGUGCUGGACACCAGGCCACACUACAUCACUCGUCGGUAUGCAGAGUUCUCGUCGGCGAUCGUCAGCAUCAACCAGACGUUUCCCAACGAGAGGACCAACGCUCUGCUGGGACAGCUGCAGGUGGAGGUGGAAAACUUUGUGCUGAAGAUGGCGGCAGAGUUUCCCUCCAGAAGAGACCAGCUCAUCUUCCUCAUCAACAACUACGACAUGAUGCUCAGCGUCCUCAUGGAGAGGGCAGCAGACGACAGCAAAGAGGUGGAAGGUUUCCAGCAGCUGCUGCUGGCUCGGACGCAGGAGUUCAUCGAGGAGAUUCUUUCUCCGCCCUUCGGAGGGAUGAUCGCCUUCGUGAAGGAGGCCGAGGCUCUGAUGGAGAAAGGGCAGCUGGACCGGCUGAAGAACGAAGAAGCUCGCAUCACUCAGCUGGUUCGGGGGUUUUCCAGUACGUGGAAACAGUCGGUGGAGUCGAUGAGUCAGGACGUCAUGAGGUCGUUCACCAACUUCAAAAACGGGACGAGCAUCAUCCAGGGCGCCCUGACCCAGCUGAUCCAGUACUACCACGGCUUCCACAAGGUCCUGAACCAGCCCACGUUCCGCAGCCUGGCCGUCCGCUCCGAGCUCAUCAACCUGCACCACCUCAUGGUGGAGGUGAAGAAGCACAAACCCAACUUCUAACGGGGCGCCGUCGGUCCAGCUGGAGGAGCCGGACGCCGUCACAGCGGACCGGUUUCAGCUGAGUCCAGACUUUCCCUCCAGCUGAGGAACGAGCGGCGUCAGAGUCAGACGGAGAACCUGAGCAGCCACGGCUCGUCUGCAACACGUUCAAUCAUCAGCUGCUUCAUCACUUCACCUCGUAACGUCCAGACACUCCGACAGUCAUCCACCUCCACCUGCUGCCUGCAGACAGACGACUCCUCCGCCCGCUACACCCUGAACAAAACAAGCGUUCUCUUGCUCGAUCUGUGUUGGCGUCGCCGUGUUUCCUGUGGAGUGUUGACAGCGAGCAUGUGUAUGGAGGUGAUCACAGCAUGUAGAUACAGUAUGUACCGGGGUCAUAGUGCAACGCCCUCGCCUCACCUUCUCCUUCCCUG